UAAAGUAAAGAAAAGGUUUGGGAGCUGGGCGUAAAAACGGAGGAGACGGAGGGGGCGACGGAGAAGGAGGGCGAACAGUGCAUUUGUUGCGCACACGGACUUUGGCAGCCAUUCAAUGACCCACCGGGGGGGCGCUCAUCUCUUCCCACCCCGCCGCUGCCUUUUCCCCCGCUUCCCACUUCCUCCACGCCUCCUCCUCGCCGCCUUCGCUUUUCCGCCUACGCCGCCGCGGCAGCAGCCAUGUCGUCGUCGUCGUUCGCCCACCACCAUGGCUCGCUGGUGGAGAAGGACGGGAGGAUGUCGUCCGCGUUGAGGAGUAGCCUGAGGCCGGUCGAGGCGGCGGAGGAGAUGGCCGCGGCGGCGGCGGCGGUCGCGGGGCCGGCGGCGUGGGGGGCGGCGGAGAGAGGGGCAGGGAUGGUGGGGGACGGGUUCGAGGUGGAGGACCUGCUCGACCUGGAGGAGCUCUGUGAGGUGGAGAAGGACGGCGGCGAGCAUGGCGAGGCGGCGACGGCGGCCGUGGAGAAGGAGAGGUCUAGUGACUCGCAUGGUUCGUCGGUGGUGUCGUACGAGCCCAUGCCGCUGCUGCCGCCGGUGAUGGACCUGCCGGCGCAUGACGUGGAGGAGCUGGAGUGGGUGUCCCGUAUCAUGGAUGACUCGCUCGCCGAGCUCCCGGUGCCGCAGCUCCCUGCGGCGGCGUUGGCAGCGUGCAAGCCGCAGCACCGGCGGCCGCAGGAGGAAGGCGCGGCGUCAACGCUUGUCCCUGCAAGGACGCCGACCAUUUGCGCGCUGUCGACGGAGUCGCUGGUGCCGGUGAAGGCGAGGCGGAGCAAGCGGUCUCGUGCCUCCGUGUGGUCGCUCUCCGGUGCACCCCUGUCCGACUCGACGUCGUCGUCGUCAACCGGGACAACCUCCUCCUGCUCGUCGUCCGCCUCCUUCUCGCCGUUCCUCCAGUACGUGGACAUCCCCACGCUGGUCGCCUCCGACCUCCUCGACGAGCAGCCGCGCUCCAAGAAGUCCAAGCACGGCAAGAGCGGCAAGCCAAAGAAGCGCGGGCGCAAGCCGAAGCACCAACAGCCACCACACCUCGCCGCCAGCGCCGCCGGCGGCGCCACCCAUCCCGGCCCGGGCGACCGCCGCUGCAGCCACUGCGGCGUCCAGAAGACGCCCCAGUGGCGCGCCGGCCCCGAGGGCGCCAAGACGCUCUGCAACGCCUGCGGCGUCCGCUACAAGUCCGGCCGCCUCCUCCCGGAGUACCGCCCGGCCUGCAGCCCAACCUUCGUGAGCAGCCUGCACUCCAACUCCCACCGCAAGGUGCUCGAGAUGCGCCGCAAGAAGGAGACGGUCAUCGUGCCGUCCGCCGCGCCGGCCGUCGCCUCGUUCUAGCUAGCACCUCCGUCGAGGUGGCUGUACAUUUUUCCCGGCCGUAUCAUUAGUUUGCUGUACCGUACCUGAACUUCCCUCCCUUUAUCUAUUUAGUUGCGUUGUACUGCUAGAAUUAAUUUAGUAGGAAAUUAGAGGUCUUUAUUAGAGAUUGUGUUAGGUUUAGUGAUCAACAUUUGCAUGUUUUAGCAUUUAUAGAUUGUUAGUGUACCGCCAUAGCUGUAGUGGCUCUAGUAUACGUAACUCCAGCUCUUCACUCUGUCCAGCAGAAUGGCUGGGAGCCUGAAGUAGAUGUCUAGGGUUGCCAUCGGAGUGAAAACAAGAAACUGGGCUGCCUUGUUUUAACCGAGAGGGGUCAGAAAGAAUGGAGUAUCUGGUGAAAGCACCGUGGUGUGCCUUGGCCUGCAUCAUCACAUCGGCCUUGCUGGUGCCAAACCCAUCUUGUCCAUGGGCACUCCACAUGACCACAUCGAGAACAUUGGUGCUAUGUCGAGGUCAUCGCACAUCACUGUAGAUGGUCUCCUGAAGUGAUCUCUCAUCCCCAGCCUCCAGGGUCAGUACUACUCUGUCUUAAAAAAAAAGAUGAGUUUUUUAAGUCAGAUCGUUU